AUGCCAGAGAUUUGGCAUGUGCAGGAGCCGCAGUGGAUGGUGGCCAACCCCAGCGCGGCUUGGCGCAGAGCCAAGUUUAAGUCCGCCUGCGGCUGCGCCCUGGUCUCUCCGCCCAUCCUGGUCGGUGACCUGAAGGACGUGCGCGUGAUUUUCGCGCCUGGAAAGCUGUGGAUGGCUGAGUACUGCCGAUUGACACGAAAGCACAAGAAGACUCAGGUGACGGAAGUCCUGCCCAAGUUCGGCUCGCUUCAGCUGAAGUUCAGUGACCCCCCGGUGGCCUCUCGGCGGGUCUUCUUCCUGGUGGGCGACCUCCGGAUGGGGCCCAUCGACACAUGCCCCGGCCAGGUCACCACCGAGGUCUGCGAGCUCCCGGCGGAUUGGCGGGAGCUGCACAGGGGCACUCUGCCCAUUCAAGUGGAGAUCGAGUCCGCUUGA